AAAUAAAAAGGGAGAAAAAGAGAGAAAAGAAAAACCAUAAACCCUAAACCAUUUUUCUCUCCUGGAUCAACCAUCCACAAUAUCACAUCCUCAUUUCUCACUUCAUUCAUAUUCCUCCUAUUUUCUUUUAUAGCUUUCAUUGCAUUGAUAAAAAUUGUGAGACAUAGCAGUCUAUAAAGCUAUACUACCAGUGAUAUACUUGUUGAUGAGGCUUAGGGAAUUUACUAGUGGGACUAAGCUUCUUUAAUCAGAAUCUUCUCCAAAGAUGGCUACGUCUUCUUCUUCUCGGUUGGUUCGCGCAGUGGGUCGUUCAUUGUUCAGUGGCCUCUGCAAUAAUGCUGACGGUUUAAUGAGAUCAGCACACGAGAUGAUGUGCAAUCAUUUGUUUCUCCAGCAACAAAGAACUUUCAUACAAAUGAGGACAAGUUUGAAAGUGGUGGACAAUUCAGGUGCAAAGAGAGUGGCGUGCAUCCAAGCACUGAAGGGCAAGAAAGGAGCAAGAUUAGGCGACACAAUAGUUUGCUCAGUAAAGGAAGCUCAGCCAGGCGGGAAGGUGAAGAAAGGAGAAGUGCAUUAUGGUGUCGUUGUUCGUGCUGCCAUGCCAAGAGGCCGUUGUGAUGGGAGCGAAAUAAAGUUUGACGACAACGCUGUGGUACUUAUCAACAAGCAUGGUGAUCCCAUUGGAACCAGAGUUUUUGGUCCAGUGCCCCAUGAGUUGAGGAAAAAGAAGCACAGCAAGAUUCUUAGUCUUGCAGAGCAUCUCGCGUAAGGUCACAGCAUCUUUGCUUGUUAGGGAUACCUCUACCGGUGAUUAUUCAGAGUUGCACGAAUCGAUUGGAAGACAGUUUUGCAUUUAUUGUAUUUGUGGGAACCUGUUGUUGUUCACAAGCUGCAGAAGAUGUUUGUUUUAUCAUCAUAAACAUUUGACUUGUACAUAUAAUUGUUGGUGCUGUUUCUGCAACCAGUGCUUUAAGGCAAAAUGUCCACAAACUGACUUAAAAUAAAUGCAUCACUAGCACAAUCAGAAGAA